CAUCACGUGCUCUCGUGUUGUCGCGUUCACGGGUGCUGAGCUCCCGUUCGGCUUAAGCAGCCGCACUCAAUCACCUCUACAUCUCGGAUCAUCAUGGCACCAGGAGAGCGCUCAGAAGAAGUCUGGCUAUGGUACACAGCAGUAUACGAAGCGAUUCAAGAGGUGCCUUUUGGCAAGGUCACUAGCUAUGGUCAUAUUGCCAGGCUGGUAGGGAAGCCCGAAUGUCCAAGACAAGUCGGAGUUUGUCUCAAGAACUUGCCAUCGCCCUCGGCCGAUAGCAGCAAGAGUCCAACGUUCCAUAGCCGCAACGUGCCUUGGCAGCGCGUGAUCAACGCCAAAGGCGGUAUUAGCCCGAGAGGCCCGAGCGCUGCUGCUCAGCAGGCGGAUGCCCUGCGGAGAGAGGGAGUGGAGGUCAGACAGGAUGCCAUGGGCCAGUACACGGUGGAUCUCGGUACAUAUGGCUGGUUCCCUGAUGUCCUUCCAAGCGAGACUGGCUUAGUUGAAAGUAGCGACGAGGAGGACGAGGAAGCGGCCGCGUACCAUACUUAGAGCGAGUGCCUGAGGAUGCCCCUAGAACGGCUGCCUUAGUCAACCAUGCCAUUCCAGACACGUUAAUGUUCCAAGAUAGCUGAUUGACGGAAGGGCGUUGCAAUGCCAUGGUAUGGGGUACAUAC